AUGCCGAGCUCGUCAGAUCUCGAAAACUCGAACUACGAGUUGAAAGAGGUCAAUAAGAAACAGGACUACAACGUCUCCACGGAACAAGAGAACGAAAUCGAGUACUUCGAGACUCUCAAGGGUAAGAAUGCAGCGACCACAAGAGAGGAAGAGUACGAUUUCACCACGGAUUCCACUUCGGGUCGCAAGAGACACGGCGUCAAGGGUUACUUCCGUGAUUUCAUAGACUCCUUCAAGCCAGCGGAGAACCCUCAGCCACACACGAAUCUGGAUAUGGAACUCGUUGGUGUCACCUCGGAGACUAUAGAACAACAUAAGAAGGACGAAGGUGACACAGGUGAUAAAUUGAAGAAGACUAUCCAGCCGCGCCACGUCAUCCUCAUUUCUUUGGGGACCGGGAUCGGUACAGGGCUGCUUGUCGGGAACGGUGCGACACUGGCACAGGCGGGGCCCGCAGGGUUGGUCAUCGGGUACGGUAUCAUGGGGUCCCUCAUCUACUGUAUCAUUCAGGCGUGUGGGGAAAUGGCAGUCAAUUACUUGACUCUCGUCGGUGGGUUCAACGCGUACCCUACUUUCUUAAUCGACCCUGGGUUCAGUUUCGCCACGGCGUGGGUCUACUGUCUACAGUGGCUGUGUGUCUGCCCCUUGGAACUGGUUACCGCAUCGAUGACUAUCAAGUACUGGACUACGAAAGUGGAUCCAGACGUGUUCGUCAUCAUAUUCUACGUGUUCAUCUUGGGGAUCAAUAUCCUGGGUGGUGCAAGAGGUUACGCGGAGGCCGAGUUCAUCUUUAACUCGUGCAAGAUUCUUAUGAUGAUAGGGUUUUUCAUCCUGGGGAUCAUUAUCAUCUGUGGUGGUGCGGGGACAGACGGUUACAUUGGUGGGAGAUACUGGCAUGAUCCAGGUGCAUUCAGAGGUGAAAGAGCCGUGGAUAGAUUUAAAGGUGUUGUCGCGACUUUGGUCACUGCAGCUUUCUCCUUCGGGCAAUCCGAGUUCAUCGCCGUCACAGCUUCGGAACAAUCAAACCCAAGGAGAGCUAUCCCCUCCGCGGCAAAGAAAAUUAUCUACAGAGCACUGUGCAUCUACCUUGCAUCCAUCAUCUUGCUCGGGUUUUUGGUCCCUUACAACUCCUCACAGUUGCUAGGUGCCCAAUCGAACGGUAUUAAGGCAUCCCCAUACGUCUUGGCGGUCGCCAAUCACGGUGUUAGAGUCGUCCCCCAUUUCAUCAACGCGGUGAUCAUCAUUUCAGUGCUGUCCGUGUCCAAUUCCGCGUUUUACUCCUCCCCACGUAUGCUGUUGACUCUAUCGCAACAAGGGUUUGCUCCGAAGAUCUUCUCCUACGUCGACAGAGCGGGGAGACCCACCAUGGGUAUCAUUGUGGCAUCACUGUUCGCCGUCAUCGCUUUCUGUGCGACUUCUCCAAAGGAGGACCAAGUGUUUACGUGGCUAUUGGCCGUUUCCGGUCUAUCCCAAAUCUUCACCUGGAUGUCCAUUUGUCUGUCUCACUUGAGGUUCAGAAGAGCAAUGACCGUCCAAGGGAGGUCCUUGGGAGAGUGUGGGUUCCUGUCGCAAGUGGGGAUCUAUGGGUCUGCAUACUCAUUCUUUGUCCUCGCUUUGAUCCUGGUUGGUCAAUUCUGGGUCGCUUUGAAACCCGUUGGUAGCAAGAAAGUAGACGCUAAUUCAUUCUUCGAGAACUACUUGGCGGCUCCUAUCUGGAUAGCCCUGUAUAUCGGCUACAAAUGUUAUACGAAGGACUGGAGACUAUACAUUAAGUCUCAAGACAUUGAUCUGGUUGCGCAUAGACAAAUAUACGAUGAGGAUAUUUUAAGACAGGAAAGAGAAGAGGAGACAGAAAGGUUGAAGAACGGUCCAUACUGGAAAAGGGCAUACUCGUUCUGGUGCUAA